UGACGGUUGAGGAGAUGUCUCUUCAUAGGGUGAUGAGACAGUUCGGUCUAUAUCAAGAGCCUGAGAUUCCAGAUAUUCCACACUUGCCAGACCACGUGCACAAGGACAGUCGCCUAGGAGGAAACAAGUCGAUGGAUUACUGGCUUAAGAGCAUUACCCCUUACGUUGACGAAUGGACUACCGCUGCGACAAAUAUCUGGGGUGAGGUUCGGGCCUUUAACUGGGAAAUGUUCGGGUUGUAUCUGCAGCGUUACCGGCAUACAACGAGGAUCUACUUGGUUCCAUCAGCUGCUCCUGAUCAGAUCGAAGCCCCUCUCACCAGCGAUAUGUACCCAACUGCCUCUGUUGUGGGAACCAGACACCACGCGGGUGACUUGACAGUACAGGCGCGAGAGGAGGUUUCCGCUUUAAUGCGGCGCUAUCAGAGGGGAGAAACUAUCCCACCGCGAGAGGGCGUCUCAUGGUUGAGGCGUCUUGAUGACAAGCUACGCGGGAUUUACGCAGCUGUUACGUGUAGACGGUCUUCGGAUGUUGCACUUCCUCCUCCAGCACAUCGUCCGCCACGUCCCUCUGUACAGCAUUCAGAACCACGACCCUCUGUGCACCGUUCACAACCACGACCUUCUGUGCACCAUGAAGAACCUCAUCCUUCACAGCCAGGGAGCUCUUCCUGGCAUGAGCCACCUCCUUCACAGCCAGGGAGCUCUUCCUGGCAUGAGCCACCUCCUUCACAGCCAGGGAGCUCUUCCUGGCAUGAGCCACCUCCUUCACAGCUAGGGAGCGCUUACUGGCAUCAGCAGAUGGAACUAGGCGGCAACCAGUCGCAACCGUUCAUGCAUUCAGAGCAGUCACCCAUCCUUAGUGGUGGUGCUGAUUACUUUGAGGGCGACCGCGAGGAUGAUGACCAUGCUACAAACAUUUAUGGCUUCUCGCAGACAGUGUUUCACACUCCACCACCACCACCGACGCAGGAGACACAGACCGUGACAGACGAGGUUAACUAUGGUCGUGGUUAUCGCGAGCCUCGUCCACCGCCUCAGCGCUUAUCGCCUUCCGGUCCUCGCCCGAGGAAGACCCAGACUCGUCGCCGUCCCCCGCAGUGAUAUGCUUAUCUAUCUAUGUAUGACUCAUUAUCUAUGUUAGUUUCAGACUAUUCGCAUAUGUGUGUCAGUAUUUAUGUAUGAGACAUGCUUCAUGUAUGUGUUACUAUCGCACUUCCUUCUAUCUGAUCAGGAGACAUAUAUUGUUUUAUGUAUG